CUCCUUCAUUCCAAGUGAAGAAGUCACUGGAGAUAUUACUCCAACAGGAGCCAUGGAAGGAGAAAAAUUCACACUACCGGUACAAGAGACAUGUUCAACCCAUAACAUAGAAGACUUGGCCAGCUAUGUAAUACAAGACAUACACUCAUCGGUCAAAGAAGCAGAAUGUUCAUUGGCAAACCCAUCAGAUUAUCCAGACCACUAUAGACCUCAGGAUGGGGAAGAGUUCGAUUUCAUCAUCAUAGGAUCAGGAUCUGCAGGAUCUGUGAUUGCAAACAGGUUAUCUGAGGUACCUUCCUGGAGAAUCCUGCUGCUGGAAGCUGGUGGAAACCCAGCAAAAUCAACAGAAAUCCCAGGAUUGUAUGGUGCGUUGCAGAAGACUUCAUAUGACUGGCAAUAUCAAACUGACUCUGGUGAAGACAAUUGUCUAGCGAUGGUGAACAACAGCUGCAACUGGCCCAGAGGAAAAGCUCUUGGGGGUUCCAGCACAAUUAACGCUAUGCUAUAUGUCAGAGGAAAUAAAGAAGAUUAUGAUGGAUGGGCUAGGGCAGGAAAUGAAGGGUGGGACUAUGAGAGUGUUCUAAAAUACUUUAAGAAGAGUGAAAAAGUUGAAGCAAAGGAAGUCUUGGAACACAACAACUACAGAGAUUAUCACGGAGAAGAUGGGUAUUUAACUGUAGGUACUUUUGAAAAAGACUAUAUGUCAGAGUUAGUAGACACCUACGCAGAAGGAAUGGAAGAACUCGGAUACAAAGUAAACAACGACUGUAACGGAGAUUCUCAAAUGGGAUUUUCUAAGCUGCAAGGAACAAUUGUUGGAGGCAGAAGAUGUAGCACAGCCAAAGCGUUUUUAAAACCAAUCAAAACCCGUAAAAACUUAAAAGUUUCAAAAAAUUCACUAGUUGCAAAAAUUUUAAUUGAUAAACAUUCUAAGAAGGCAAAUGGAGCAAAAAUUAUCAACUAUAGGGGUGCCGAAGUAAGAGUCAGGUCAAAGAAGGAAGUAAUAGUGUCCGCAGGAGCUAUAAAUUCUCCACAGCUUCUCAUGCUUUCAGGAAUAGGACCAAAAGAACAUUUGGAGGAACUGGGAAUUGAUGUGGUAGAAGACUUGCCUGUUGGACACAACCUACAAGAUCACAUGUUGAUGGUUGGCCUGGUAUUUUCAUACAACUACUCCCGUCAGCUUAAGCCGAUUACCAACUAUAUGUAUGACUUUUUAAUGACAGGAUCUGGUAAAUUAUCAGGCAAUGGAAUGCUGACCUACUCAGGAUUCAUCAACACUCUUGAUAUCUCCUCCAAAAUCCCAGAUAUUCAAUUCCAUCAUUUUGAUUUUGAUGCGAAAGAUGAACUUGCACUUACAAUGACUUUGAGAAUGCUUGGGUUAAGAGAAGAAGUGGGUAAAUCAUUUUUGGAACUAAAUUCAAAAAGAUUUAUAUCCAUGGUAUUUCCGACAUUACUUAAACCUCGCAGUAAAGGGAGGAUAUUGUUAAAGUCAACAAAUCCAAAAGACAAGGUCAAAAUUAUUUCAGGUUAUUUAUCGGACAAUGAAGAUAUAGAAACACUUUUACGUGCCACUGAAUUUCUAUCAAAGCUAGCCUCAACCAAAGCUAUGGAAUCGUUGGACACCAAGUUUCAUGAAAUCGUUGCUCCUGCUUGCUCCAAGUAUGUGGUGUCUUCAAGAGACUUCAGAAUUUGUUCUCUUAAACACUUUGUGACGACAUGUUACCACCCCACCUCCACCUGCAAGAUGGGACCUGCUGAUGAUCCUAUGUCCGUGGUCAACCCGCAGUUGCAGGUGAGGGGGGUGAGACACCUCAGAGUUGCUGAUGCUUCUAUAAUGCCAGACAUUGUGAGAGGCAACACCAACGCUCCUUCCAUCAUGAUUGGAGAGAAGGCUGCCGAUCUUGUUAAACAACACUGGUUGUGAAGUCUCCUGUACAACAUGACAAGCUGCAUGUUUUAGACACCUACUUAAAGUGUUUAGUUGUUGACAAUACACAGUCAUCAGUGUCAUAGUGUUAGUUUACAUUAAGCUAUGCAGAUUACUCUAAUCCUAAAGUAUCUGGAAAAAACUGCAGUAGAUGUAGAGUUGUUAUCCAUAACAGAAAUAGCUUGUAUUGAGGAUUUUUAUAUUUUUAAUAAUAAGUCAAACUAAAUGUGUCACUUUCAAAACAAAACAAAAUAAGAAUAAUAUCAAUCCCAAUAUUGAAGUACAAAACCAACCAAUUGAAAUAUCAGAAGCUGUAAGGUUCCUUCUGACCUUGGAUAGUAAUUUGUUUUGGGAGUUUGGGACCAAUAUUUUAAUCUUAUUUUGAAUAAAAUAACCUCCAUUCUUUUUGUGAUUAAAAAAAUGUCAAAACUAUGCAGUAUUGAAGUUUUAAAAUGAUUCAUUUCCCCCAAAUUCAAUCCCAUAUAUCUUAUGGUAUAUGUGUAUAUGGAAC